AUGAAGGCCUCCCGACCCAUUUCUCACGACCGCCAUCCGGCAAUCCUCAUCCUGCGCGUCGCCACCAUCUUCGCUUCGAUUGUGUGCGUCGUUGCUUUUGCAUGGAUGUUCAGAGCACACGAUGAGGUAUACACGGACAGCGUGGGCAGCUUUCUCACCCUCUUUCCGUUGAUCUUUACAGCAUACGCCCUCUUCUGGUCCCUCCUCAUCCUCCUCAUCCGCAUCUUCAGUAGCGCCAUUAUACACCCUGCAAUCUACAUUACAUUCGAUCUAAUCGCCUUCGGCACGGUCCUGGGAUGGUGCAUUACGAAGCUGGAGUUUGUGGCAAGUUAUGGAUCACGGUAUUCGUGUAAUCACGGACCGCCAGGAUCGUGUGAUACUGUUGCGAGGGCGUUGAAGGGGGUGGAGUAUUUUGGGUGUGUGGUUGGAAUUUUGGACUCGUAG